AUGGGUAUCAUUCAAUGUGAUCGCGACGCCUCUUUGCUCAUUUCUCCGUUUCUUCUUAACUUUUUACGAUUUUCCGACAACUCCGGUAUCAGAUCACUAUUUGAAUACAUCUUUAACGGCAAUAAAGAGCACAAAUUGAUUGUUGAUCACAUAUCCAACAUUAAUAUCCCGAAUCUCUUCAUUUCCAUCAUCGAACAAGCUCAAAAAGAUGUUGACAAUGACGAAAACAAAGACUAUUCUGACUCAAACACAGAUUAUACCUUUGAAGAUAACCAAUACUCAUUUACGCACUACGAAAUGCUCCAAGUUACUAGUUAUUCAUUAACACAAUCAUCAAUGUGUGAUUUUGUCAGUGCAAAUUCGUCAGAUGAAUUAAAAGUCCAAUUAAAUGUUCCAAUUCACACAAACUGUUCAUUUCCAUCAGCUGCAUCCCUCAAUAAGAUGAAGAGUUCCAAUAGCAUGACCUCUUUUUCGUUCAAAGUCUCAAGAGAUCUUUCAAAUUUUGCUGAAACAAGAAAUGAGGAAGAUGUGGCCUAUUUAAUCUGCUCGUUACUUAAAAUUGGUCGGUCGAUGAUAAAACUUCAACAGUGA